AUGGUAGGUUUUGGUAUUCGUCUGAUGCCAUCCACACCACAGUUAAGAUACAGAGCACUCAUUGAACUGCUUUACUGGCAAUGGUAUCGCUCUGGUAGAGGGACUGGUAGGCUAUGGAAUGUUUCAGGUUUUAAUUUUCUGCUCGAGUUUUUGGUCGUUAUCUACGAGUUUAGUAUUAAAACUGGAGAUCAGUUUUCUCUCUCGAAAACUCUUUUCCACUCGUUUAGCGAGAAAUAUAUGUACGCAAAGGGUUGGACAUCAUCUGCCCAGGGGUUAUCAGAUGAGAGGCUAUACGACAGGGACGGCAGGACGGGGUCGCUGAACAGUUACGAGCGGAUUGUGGACAGGGGUGACAAUCCCUAUAUCAAGAGGAAUAUCGGGUAUUUGGAUGAUCCCAGCGAUUAUCCAAACAGAAGUCGAUCUCGUGAUAGACAUUUUAGUCGUAAUAUUAAUAAUAAUAAUAGUAGUUAUGGCGACCCAUUAGACAGCCGUACCCCCCAUUUCCGGACGUACCCCCACAGGAACAGCCAGCCCUCGUUUGACGGGCAGCGGUACCCGUCGACGGAACAGCUGCUCGACGACCCCAAUGUCAAUAGCAAUACCUCUACGACCACCUCAUCGCUGUCCGGACAACGGGGCGGUUUGGUGGGCGGCCCCGCGCAGGGCUCCACUGCCGCCUCCCGGCGCAUGACGUCGGUGUCGACGACCAGCGGCGGCGUCUCGUCGACGGUGUCCUCACCGCCGCUCAAGAAGAAGAAGAAGAAGACGAAACAGUCGUUGCGGUCGCACUCGGCGUCGCCGUCGCCCUCCCGGUCCAGUUCGUUGAGUUCGGCGCGCAGUCACUCGCCCUCCUCCUCAUCCAACAUAUCGACGUCCAGCCCCUCCAGUCGUAGUCCAUCGCCCGCCAAAUCUCAGUCCCCAUUUCGCAAAGAACGAAGCAGUUCUGUGUUGAUAUCGGCGGCCACGACCACCAACAACAUCACCACCACAUCCACUCAGGGUUCCAAUCACACGCCACUCCAUAAUAGCGCCGGCACUCCCGGCUCCGACAGCUCCGCAGAUAAGGACGACAGUCGGCCCCUCGCCAUCUGCGUCAAGAACUUACCCGUCAGGUCGACAGACUCGAGCUUAAAAGAUGGUCUGUUCCACGAGUACAAGAAGCACGGGAAGGUGACAAUGGUGAAGGUGGUGGGCCAGGGGACAGACAGGUUUGCCGUCGUCUGCUUCAAAAAGCCCGAAGACGUUGACAAAGCGCUCGUAGAGUCAAAGGAGAAGCAAUUCUUCGGCUGUAAGAUCGAGGUGUCGGCGCACGAGGGCAUCGACGCAGAGGACAACGACUUCCGACCCCUGGAGGCCGAGCUCGACGAACACCACCCGAAGGCCACGCGAACCCUAUUUGUCGGCAACUUAGAGAGGGAUGUGUCGACCUCUGACCUGAAGGCCCACUUCGAGCAGUUCGGAGAGAUUAUCCCGUUUAUUUGCACUGCAAUUGAGUGGCUCUGUUGUGUCCACUAA